GAUGCGCUGGUGUGUGCGAGCCAUGGCUGGGAACGUCUCCCGGACACACCACUACGUUGUCACCGUGACCGUCGUGAUCCCCAUGGUCAAGUGCAGCCGAAAGGCCCCAGGAUAUCCAUUGAGAAAUCGACGGGUCUCCUCAACAACAACGAGUACCACCACCACGAGUCCCUCUCCGAGUACCAUGGGCCCUGUGCAGCUGCUGGUCAAGGGGCUAAGAGACGGGCAUUUUCCACGCUUGCAGUGCAGUCACGAUUGGGCAGUCGGUGCGAGAAUAGGAGAGGCCAACAACCCGGGACCGGGACCCGAGACCAGCUCGGGCCUAGUUGAGGGGCUAGGGCUGAAAGAAAUGAUCCUUGACAUGGUUAGGGAAGCUGUGAAAGAAGCUAUCAAGGAAGCCUUCGGAGCCGGCUUCCUUGGCUCGGCUUCCACUCCUCCCGUUGUUCAGUCUGCUACCGCCAAUCAGGCGGAAAAAAGUAGGGGAAAAGGCGACAAGCCACAGGGCCGGAACGGCCAACCCGCGGCGGAUGGCCAUGCUAGUCAGACUCGUGCUGCUAAACUUGGCAAGGGGCGGGGAGGUGAUAAGCCAGUCCUCUCUUCCAGUCAUGACAAUACAUGGAAAACGGUGGAGCGUCGGUCUCCACAGGCGGAGUUCAAUCUCCGCCCCCAGGAUUGGGAUUCGCCUCUGCUGCUUUUCUCUGACGUCGCUAAGGCGCUCGACAAAACGGCAGAUGGAACAUGCUUUUGUGCGGUUGUGCGGUGCGCUGCCGAGCAGCGCACGAUCCUACAUAGGAUCCUGGCCGGCAGCAAGCAUGCUUACAGCGUCUUAGCGGUUUCCAUCGGCAGAGAAGCUGAGCAACCAGCCGACACGCAGCGUCGGGUUCCGGGCCGAGUGGGGGAUGCACUUGCAUUUCGACAAGCGACCGUUGUGCAAUUCAAGUCGACUCCCGCCGGCAAGAUCCCUCAACCCAAGGGCAUGAGGCAGCAGGCGGUGAAGAUCGAGCUCUGGGAAUCUUUUGAGAAACCCCUCAGAAGUGCAUUGUGCAGUGGCUUGCAGACAGACAUGUCAAUGCUCUGUCUGGACAGCUUCGCUUGGAAAGCCGAGAAGGGAGACGCUCAAGGGCACCAGCUUUAUGGCCUGGUCAGAUUGCUCAAGCCUGAGGCCGAGGCCGUUCUCCAUGCAUCCGGCCAGGACGGGAUUUUCCUGGACCCGACGCGGUCCAUGAACAUAAAGAGCCGCAUCGAGUGGGUGGAGCGCCGCAACAAGCAGGAAGGCCACUCCGAAUAUCAUGCUCGUGCGAUCAAGUGUGCUGGCGACCUCGGCUUGAUUGUCAAGGGUAGCCGUUUGGCUGUCCGACGCACAAUUAAAGACGAUGACAACCUUAAAGACGAAAUGAAGGUUCCCCAAAUCUGGAUUUUCGAGCACGUGCCGCUCAACGUCGACCCUGAACAGGCCAAGGCCAUCUUGGAGGAGUCGUUCGUUGAGGUCACCAUGAUGAGGGCUCGCGGCUCUAAGGGUGGACGAUCCUUUUAUUUCAAGGGGGCUCAUGCUACCAAUCCUGAUGCCGACCUGGUCCCGAUCAGCUUGGACACCGGCGAUGGGAUCAUCACUGCUUGGGCCAGGGUGGCGCCGCCGAGGACCGCGAAAGUGCAGCAACGCCAGCUUCCUGUCACUGCGGUUCCACUUGCGGCCAGGCAGACGCUUCGGUCCAUCACGCCAGUUCCGAUGCCGGCUGGGUCAGGGACCACUCCGAUGGAGGUGUCCAACACGGACACCAAGGAGAGCGACGGCCAGGAUUCCGGUCAGGCCGCUCAUAAGAAGCCGGAGGGGGGAGAGCCGCCCAGCAAACGGGCCGCUGUUGCGCCCGAGCUGCGUCAGGUUCCCCAGGGACUCAAGAUCGAAGCUCAACCCAAUGACGGUGCUUGUGCUUUUCAUUGCUUUUCGCAGGGACUCAUGAAGAUCUCCAAGGGCAAGAUUGACAAGCAUCCUCGUCAGUUGCGUGCCGAGUGUGUGGAGCACAUGCAGAAACACGCAGAGGAAUACAAGGCGUCCUGGGACAAGAAAGGCCCCGACGGCAAUGAGCUUGCCGACUGGGAUUCAUACAUCUCGGCGGUAAGUGCCGAGAGCGCUUAUGUUUCCGACCUCGAGCUUCGUGCAUUGGCACGGCUGUAUGAUGUCAAGGUAGUAUUGGUGCCACAACUUGCGUGCUUUCCUCCGGUUGUGUUUCAUUCCGGUCAGAAGAGUCCCAAGCGCUGCUUGAUGUUGUGGUACUCUGAGCGGCAUCUGGACCUUCUUGUCACCGAGGAAGGCAAACGAGUGCCGGAGGACAUUGCUGCGAUCACGGCGGCGAUCAACUUUGACUUGAGGGUUGGCGGUGGGCCGACGUCGUCGGCCGCUUCUUCGGCAGGAUCGUGGGGAAGCCCCGGCACGGUCUUUACUGACCAGGGCAGAGCUUCACGAUCUAAGCGGGGCGGCUCAGCAGCCUCUUCAAGCUGGCGAUCUCAACCCAACACCGUGUGGACAGGCCCAGGGGUCACCUCGGGGCCACAGCGCACAGGCGGCUCCACCAUCACUGCUCCCCAUGCGGUCGAGGACUCGCUCGAUCAGCAGGAAGCCACUGGUGCACGGUCCAAGCGUACAGUAUACCACUGGCAGAGUCAUGGGCUUCGGCGAAAGACAGUUAAGUUCUUCAAGUGUGAGCUGUGUCCGUAUGUUGUCGCAGUCAAGGAUGUGCCUGACCUUUGCAGCAAACGUAGCAGUCAUUGUCGUCGUUACCAUGGAGGUGAAGGACUGCCAGGGAACCGGACCAGGACCACUGACUACGUCAAUCCGAUCAAAGGUUCGCAGACCCAGUCUGCUUGGAUCUGCCCUUUAUGUCCUUAUGGCAUCACUAAUCAGCUUCGGUCUGCUCUCAGCUCGACCACGGUUGUCCUUGCAAAGCGGCGACACAAGCAGGAGCACCGCCCGAGGGUCUCCGAUGAGCGAUGGAAGCGCCUGUGCAACAUUCGGGGCCCGAACGCCUCAGCGCAGCGGGUCACCAAGAUGAACCAUUUCGUUGCCAAGCACCUCCGCGAGGACAUCCAGCGCCAGGCCGAGGGUUUCCGCAAGUUCACGUGGCCUUUGCGUGUGUGUGUCAAGAAGACUGCCAAGAUCCGCACCGUCAAGUUUCGCACUGCUUGGGCUUGUGAUCGCUGUGGCAAAUGCUUUAAGUUUCGGAAGGACCUCUCGGCCCAUCGCAGCGUUUCGCGCUAUCAUCCGAACCCGUGCUCAAGUGAUAAGGCUCGCAAGGUUCGCAAGUCAAAUCUCAAGAAGCUCGGAUGUUUGGAAACAUGGUGCCGUCGCAAUAGACAAUGCCAUGGAUUCGAUGAUGCCAAGCUCUCCUCCAUCUUCAAGGAGGCGAAGGCAGUGCUAGGAGGUGAGUAUGUGCAGCCAUGA